CGCCUGUCGGACCUUGCGCCUGCGUACUACGGCUCCUUCUUGUCGCCUCGGCCCGGAUCGGGAAGUGUCAAGCGGGCCCCGGGUUCCCCCGCCUUCGCCCCUAUCACCGCUGAACCCGGACCCCGUACCCAGGUCCAGGGCCAGCCGCCAUGACGAACGUGUACUCCUUGGAUGGGAUUCUGGUGUUUGGUUUGCUCUUUGUUUGCACCUGUGCCUACUUCAAGAAAGUACCUCGUCUCAAAACCUGGCUGCUAUCAGAGAAGAAGGGUGUUUGGGGUGUGUUUUACAAAGGUGAGGCCAUGUCUGGACAGGGAAAGGAGACUGCCAUCUCUGGACAUUGUGGAGCUACAAACUGCUGUGAUUGGAACCAGGCUGCAUGCUGCUGUGGCAAUUGCUUGUGUUGUAAUGGCCUUUUACGUCCUGUUUAUAAAAUGAAUUCCGAAGUAUCCAAGUCAUCAACUGCCAACCAAGGGGACGGGGAUGAAGAAGCUGGAGGCCUGGACCCAGUGUAGGAGAGUUCAGCUGAAGUCAUCAGUCCCCAGGAUGACACCACAUCGUCUCCCCCUGCUACAUGUGGGAGAAACUCCUCAUGGUCCUGAAUGUUAUUUAUGCUUCAGGGAACUACAGAAAGCCAACUUCCUUUGAUCUGUGUGUAAAUCAGUCCUUGGCAGAGUGCAUAUAAUGUUCAGAAAAAUUACACCCCUCAGUGAUAAGAUUACAUACCUCCUUCGUAAAAACCUGUCACCCCGUUUUGUUCUUCAGCUCCUCAUCAGGAUCUUUUCAAACUGAGGCUCAUUAGGGAAGGAACUAGGCUGUGUUCAGAUCUUUUUUGAAGAGAGAGAAUUUUCAAGACUUCUUUUCACUGUUUGAUUUGGAUCUGGCAAACUGGGGAGGGGAUGCUGGGUGGGAAACAGUUACACAAUGCCAAGAAAUUCUUUGGCUUUGGAGAUUUGUCUUUCAUGUACCCAUCUGGGAACAUAAAAGAGGCAUGGUGCUCAUUGCAAAAAGGGGAACAGAUGAAGUAGCUGUGUUAUGUGCUCGUAGCUUGAGAGUUUUGCCAAUAGCAUCUGGGCCUACAUAAAAUGUGGGAAUUAUCUGUAUGAUGAGACCAGAAAGCAGUGGCUUAGACAAGAAAAACUUUUUCUGUUCACCAAUAUCCUCAAAUGGAGACUUCAGUUGAUCAAAUGGUAUAUGAAAAAUGAAUCAACUGUUGCUAUUUCAUACAGCCUUUUUAUAUUUUCUAAACUACUUAGUGCUAAAUACUCUUAUUCAGUUUUUUUUUUUUAUGCUUAUACACAUAAACAAGAUUUUUAUUGUUAACGUCAAUGAGCAGAUGGAACAAUAUUCACGUGCCAAGGACAUAUUGCUUACAAGAUCACAAAACGGCUGUUGAUUUGUAUUCAUAAAUGAUUUGGUGAAUCACUAUGUGUUUUUGAGUGAAUGUAUAUACUGUGAUUCACCAAAAAUGAAAAUUACAUUUUACUACAUAUAUUUUAAGUAGUACAUGAAGAAAGUACGAUUUGGCUCAAUGACUUGCCUAAUGAAAGGAUUUUUUUAAGUUUUAAAAAAAAUGCCCAGUAAAGUGGUUAUGGAUACUUGAUAUUGACAUCCAGGCAAACUGUUUUGUAAGCAAGUCCAAGGCUCUGUCAUUUAUUGCUCGUAGGCGCUUCUCAGCUCUCAGUUCAUACUUGAGGUCGGUGAGUUGUCUAUGGAUCUUUGCCAUUUCUAAUUCACGAUUAAAUUGCAUUUCUUCUUUUAGGAGCACAUAUCCAAACUCGGUUUGAUGCUUUAACUUUUUAAGGGUUUCUUUCAAAUCUCUAUUUUCCCUACUUAAGUCACAUAUGAGCUCUGUGGCUCGCUGGAGCUGUUCAGUUAAGUUCUUUGCAUUUGUUGCUUUCUCAGACCGGUCAUUUCUUAAAGUUUGAAGUUCAUAGUCGCUUUUUGAACCACAUUUGUGUCUUUCUUCAAAGUUCACAGGUUUUCUGAAUACCUCUUUUUUGGAGUACAAAAGUUCUUUUUCAACAUUUUCUAAUUUAUUUUCUGGUUUUCUACAUUUUGUUUCAAGUUCUUCUAGUUCUUCAUUCAAAAAACACAUGCAAUGUUUUGGAGGCAUUCUUUCAAUAAACUUAUUCUUAACGUGUUGUCGCAGUAAUUGUAAGUCAUACUUCCUGCAGCUCUCUGUAUCUUCCGUGCUGUUACGGCUUUCUUCCGUUGUCACAUCGAACUGAGAUGAUUCGUAGGAAGAUGAAUUUGUGACUCUGUCAUUCCUUGAAAUGUUUACCUUACUCUCUCCUAUAUCUGGUUUUUGUUCUAUUUCGUUUAGUUGGAAAAUGUAUCCUUUCGUAGUAAAUUUAUUUUUUUCCUGACACUUUGUGCUGGACAAAUGAUAUAUUUCUUCCAUUCCGUUUCCGUUGCCUCUUGUCAUUUCUUCAGAGGAAGAGUCGCAAUAAGAAGUUCCUUCUAGAACAUCCCGUGCACUAGAUAAAGGAGUAAAUAUUUUCUCUUUCCAGUAGUUUCUUGUACUAAUAUUUUCAUUGGGCAUCUCUUCCAAUAUUUGUAAAUUCCUCGUGACAUAUUUUCAAUGUAUUUAGCUUUGUCUUGUACUCCACAGUGGUAAUGGUAAGUCUUAACACAGGCUGUUAUUUCACAUCCAAUAGUAGCACCAGGCUGACUGCAAAGUGUACAUUUCAUUCUUUUUCCUCGCUUAAUCUCCUGAAGUACAGUUUUAAUAUCAAAGUCUCCAAAUUCUGCUCUUGAUGUUGUUGUGAGCUGGACUGUGCCAGAAGAAAACAACAUGCACUUAUAAUGGGCAGCUGCCUUCUUGGCAUUAAAUAUAUGCAGCUUUCCUCGUGCUUCAUUUUCCUCCUCCCCAACAUGGCAAAAUCCACAUUUAGGCCUGGUGUCACUAGGGCUGCUUCUGUGUGGAGACCUAUCUCUAUAGGAACUACUUUCCAUUUCAUCUGUUCCGUGGGAGGACGUGGACCUGGUAUCUUCUGACAGCCCUUUAAAAUUAGUUUUUCUUGGCCUUCCUUUGCGACUUUUCUUUUUACUUUUAGGUGAUGAGGUCUCCAGUUCAUGUUCAUUAAAACCUUCCUCAAAAUCAGCUGCUUCAGAGUUAUGUGCAGUUUUCUUGUGUUUUCGGCAAUAGACCAUGUAAAUUCCUUGUGAAGGUUUCUCUUGUAUUUGAGCUUUAUCAUGCAAUGCACAGUGGUAGUGGUAUGUCCUGUGACAUGUUUUCACAUCACAACCAAUUGUUGCUCCAGGACAACGGCACAAAGAACACAUCAGCGUCGUGCCUCUUUUAAUUUCCUUUUGGACAUCUUCAAUAGAAAAUCCACCAAGACUUUCAUUAUCAGAGUGUGAUGAUACCAAAGCAGAUGAAAAGAGCAUACACUUAUGGUGCGCUGCCACCUUCUGGUUUUCAGAUAUUAGUAACUGUCCACAUUCCUUGUCUCUAUUUGACUUACAAAAGCCACAUUUGCGCUGUCUUGUAGGCCCUUUUUUCUGUUCAACUGAGCUUGACAUGAUUUUUAAAUUGGCUUUAGAAUGCCACUUUAAGCCUCAAGAAAUGCCGCAGGGCCCAGAGACGUAAGGCAGGAGAGAAGCGCCAAUGAGGGUAAAGAGAAAGAAGUCGAUCUCGGUUCUCCGACAGUGCCUGAGAGCGGGGCUCUGUCGCCGGAGGUUGUUUCCUUUCAUUCGAGGAGACUCUUAUUCAGUUUUAAAUGCCAUGACUGGGGAAAAAGAACUAUUGAAGAAAUAAUUGUUUAAUAUAUUUGCAGUUGGGGUAGAAGAAAUAAGUCUAGUAUAUUGACUUAUCUACUAGUAAAUCCAUCUAGUAUGAGAACUUGUGAUGUUAGAUUGUGGUUUUGUCUUACAAAAGGCAGCAGACUUAUUUUGUGUUUAAGUCUGAGUUGUUAUGGCAAUUUUUAGUUGAUUACUUAUUUUUCUUAUCCAGCUCUUAAUUUUCUUCAUAGUGCAUUGCUCUUUAGUUGUCUCUGGAAAUUCUAUUUACUAUAAGGACAUGAGAAAUUCAAAUAAGAGAAGUUGCUGAUAUUCAUCAGUGUAUUUGGACAGUUCAUAGGAUCCACAAAUAAAGUGAUGGUGUUUCCUCAAGUAAAAGAAAACUGAGCUUUGCAGUUGGUAUCAAAGGACUUUGCCCUGUAGUUAGUAACUCCUGAGCAGACCGUUUUAGAUGGCUCAGCAUUUGAUGGGAAGGCUGCUCCAUUCCCUCCUUGUAUCUGCAGAAGGAUCAGCUGUUGGAUGUCUAGAACUUCUCUAUUUAAAAAAGAAUAGGUCUAAGGUUAAAUUAUAAGCAUAGACAUGGGUCUUCCAGUUGAAUUGUCCAUUACCAUAAAACUUUAUGGUGGACAAUUUAGCUGUGGUUGAUUCCUGUGUGGCAGCAAAUUGUCUUCUGUCUGCUUACUCCAAAAGAAUAAAAGCUGCUAGGAAGUUAAGAUUUUGAAAUAUGCAGUUUAAUGCUUUGAGAGUUUCUAGAAAUACCAAGUAAACACUACAUGUCUAAUCAUCUCAGAGUUGUGGCUGUUAUCUCUUCAGGAAUUGGUCCACAGGGUAAAUUUCAACAACUCAUAUGUUUCCGUUGUCAUUUCUGAGGAUCUUUGGCAUGAGAGAAAGGAAAUCUAGUGGAACAGGAAAGAGUUACACCUUGUGGGUGUGAGUUUGGGACCUGUUGGACAAAGGGAAAAUCCCUCCCUGGAAACAGGUUCAGCAUGUUUUGCACUUGUUAUUUUGUAGCUUUAAUGAUUUUGUUUUCUAAUAGGGCUAAUGUCUCUAAGCUUGGUGUUUAGAGCUGCUUCAUAUUUUAAACUAGUUCCAUUCCACAGUUCUAGUUCAAACCAGUUUUUAUAGCCUCCUGGGUGGGUCAUCUUGACCUAAACUCUUGUGUUGUUACAUUUUGAGAUGUUUUCAUUACCAGAAUGUACCAAAAAGUGCACAAGGUGAAGGUAAUUUACAGCAAAAAACAAAUACACAGCUUGUUUCAUUUCUUGACUUUCCCUGAGCAGAUAAGCAGAAACUUGUUUAACUCAUUACUUUGGUUGAUGUGUCUUAUAUAUUUUUGACUAAAAGUUAUAGGAAGUUAUUCCUCUGGGGGAAUCUUUUACAGGUGGAAAAAUGGGGAUAGCAGUAUUGCCUCAGAUUCAACCUGGCAUCACUAAAAACCCUGUAUGCCAGGGUGGAAUGAAGUCAACUCCUUUUUAUAGUUGAAAUACAAUUUUGUAUUCACCAUUGUGUGCACAAAUCCUUGAAAAUAAACUUUUUUCCCCCUACAA